AUGGUGCGCGCUGUCAAAACAGAUGGGCAAACACUCACGGUCCCGAGAAGUAGGCCUACGCUGAACCAGAUCAUGGUGGGCAUUGUGCUCAUCACCAUGGGAGUUUUGAUCAUGUACAUGUACCGCGUGAUAGACGAUCUGCACCGGGAACAGCAGGAUCUACGCGGUCGACUGAACCAGCUCUCCGACAACGGAAGCUAUGGAAUGCCAAAUUUGCUGGUAUCUCAGGGUAGUGAGAAGUUCCUGGAAGCACGAUCCGGGUCUUCUCAAGGUUUGAACGAUAUCAUCGAAGCAGCGCGUGCUUCCAAUCAGGAAAGAAGAUACGUGAAACACAAGGUCGAAGAAGUUUAUCCUGGGCAUAUGGCAGCUUUCGAAGUGACCGCAGAUGAGGAGGAGAAGCGACGGCUUGCGGGCUUCUUCACUGUCGGAACAACUGCAGGUGUUGGCUGCUACCAGCUCACAAACCAGCUCACUGAAACCUACGACGUCUCCAGCGCAACAGCCUGCAAUGGGAACAUCUGCCCUGACUGUUUCAUCACUCCUGGCACGGUGUCCCAGGACAUUACACUGACCAUUCAGGCUUGUAGCAGCGCGAAGUGGAUCCGAUCCGCCAGUCGGAGUGGUGUCUGGCAGUACACUUUCAUCAAUGCACACAACACGUACACGGUCAGUGUCACCGACAACAGUGGCUCGGCAACCACGUACAAGGUGCCUCCUGGCACCCAUGUGACGGCCUACUGCACUGCAUCGGGGGUUGGAUCUGUAACGAACAAGCUUUCGUUUACGAGCACAACGCUGCCCACGCUCUCAGUUGACAACGGACUGACCCUGUCAAGUGGAGCCUUCGAUGCCAGUGGAAGCACAGGCAAUUUCGCCACUUCAUCUGGCACGGUGACGCUUUAUGGCAACACUGUCAUCAACGGGGCCAAAACCUUUGCCACUGGCUCUGGCACCGUUGACCUCAAUGGCCAGGUGCAAAUUGCGGACUCGCAAUCGGUGACCGUUGGAUCGGCUGGAGCCGGCGGGGCUGUCACGAUCUACGGCAACGUGAUCAUUGGUGACACCGGGACUGGAAACGGACGCUCCCUGACAGUGAACGGCAACUUCGCGCAGAGCGACGUCACAGGUGCAACUUCGACAUUUGCCACCGGUUCAGAUACCAUCAGCCUCAAUGGCCACGUCACCGUUGCCACAGGGAAGCACCUCACGAUGACUGCUACAGGUGCCGGUCAGUUCACUACUGGCACUGGUGCUGUGAACCUCAAUGGGGCUACGACUGUCACCGGCAGUAACACCUUUACUUCUGGGCUUGGUGCCGUGAGCCUCAAGGGGGCCGUCACGGUGGAUGCCUCGACUGCUUUCACAGUGGGUACCGCUGGAUCAGGCGGUACCACGACCCUCUACGGGGAUGUGAUCAUCGGCAAUAGUGCUGGUGCUGCCUCUUGCACGGUCAACGGAAACAUCGUGCAGGCAGAUGUGGGCGCAACCGCGACGACCAUAACUUCAGGAACAGGAGCCAUCAACCUGAACGGUGACGUGACCGUCGCCUCGAACAAGAACCUGCACAUGACGGCAACCGGAUCUGGCAGCUUCCAGACGGGAACCGGAUCUGUUACUUUCAAUGGCAACACCCAAGUGGCAGGAGGAAGCACGUUCUCUACUGGUGGCACUGACCAAGUGACCUUCAAUGGCCCAGUGCAGAUUGCAGACAGCCAGCCUUUCUCCGUGGGUAGCGCUGGAAAUGGUGGCGUCGUUCAGCUGUUCGGGGCCACCACCGUAGGUUCCACCGCCGUCAACGGGGCUUCGAGUUCCCUUACAGUAUACGGCGACGUGACCUUCAACAACGACCAAGAUGGGACUUUAAAAACGUUCGCCACCGCCGGGGGUCAGAUCACGCUCAAUGGCGAUGUGGGCGUCGCAGCUGCCAAAAACUUCAUAAUGGCCAACACAGGUACGGGUCAAUUUCAGAGUGGGACUGGAACGGUCAAGCUCUAUGGCGACACCUCUGUUGAAACUGGCAAGACGUUUACAGUGGUUGACUACACCAAUGUUAUCAACUGCAACCACGCUGCUGCCGACGCCGGCAGCACCUUCUGCAAAGCCAGCCGCUGA